AUGACAGAGGAGCAGGCUCCAUCGGUUGUCAAUACGGCUCUUGCUGCGGCUAGCGAUGCGAACGCGAGCAGAAACAUGAUGACUAGACAAGUCCUGAUCAUACCCGCAACAUCCUCCUACAACCAGCAGAAACACGCGACCAUACGCACGGCAGGAGUGAGAAGCAACGUGAGGAGCCUCAUGAUGCUGGUAAUACUGCGCUGCAAAGUGACUGGUACAGAAAAGCAGGAUGCUCAUCAACCCCACAAGUAUCAGACAGAAGAUGCGCUUCGUACACUUUACAAAAGUGAUUCCGAGCAAGAGGUGGACGCUUUGUGCCGUACUAUUCCACUAUCCUACCCUCCAUUCGAGCUUGGAUCCGAUGUUGCGGCCGCUCUCCGUAAGCCUCAGCCGGCCUCCGCGAUCUCCUUCUGGAAUCGGCUUUCCAAUAAAUACUCGGAUAGUGAAGGGUCAGAAGAGAGUAGGGACCUCUUGCACAAGCAGAAACAAGAGACAAGGGCCAAUUCUCGGUCUACCGAUAUUACCAGCAAUCACGGGGUUGCCGACGAGCCGACUUAUGGAGCGAGGGGUGCCGGCUCUCUCUUCAAGGCAUCAAGGGCACAGGAGUCCCUCAAUGCCCAAGACACCCCAACCUCUGGCAAGGGCAGGCGCGGCAACGCCAACCUGAACGAGCAGCUACAAGGUCUUUUUAGGGACCACUCCACGGCCAAUAUCAAGGGGCGUAAGGAGAUUAUCAAGGAUUAUGUGGCUGAUGGCGAUACAAAAGAGGAGGCAAAGAGGAAGGCAAUUGAAGAGACAAGAAGGCGCUUUACAUAUGAUUGA